AUGCUCUGCUUGGACGCUUCUGAUCUCCAGCUGUUCGUCAACGAGGCCGAGAACGAUGGUGGCGAUCUAGAGAAGCGUCAGCGACAGUGCGACAAUAUCCGUUCCUUUACCAGGAGGGUCGGGGACGGAAACCCUCACCAAAACCCCAUGAACGUGCAGCUUACCGAUGAAAUGCGAUGCGACCCAACCAGAGAGUGCAGCGUCGGCGCCAACGCGGCCACGUCCUACUCUGUCGGCUGGUCCGCCAACGCAAACGCCUUCGGCUGGAUCAGCGGCGGCUUCGCCGUCAUCAAGACCGAGAUGACGGGCAACAACUACGGCUGCAACGGAAAGCCUGGGGACCACUUCUGCCUGUGGAAGAAGCAGGGGCAGACCGCCUACACGGUCCGGAACUGGAUCAGCACGCCCUGCCAGGCUGCGAGCCCCGUCGGUAACCCGUAUGUCAUGUGGUCCCCUGACGCGAACAACCGCCGUGGUUUCUACUACUGCGUCUAUGGGUCCUGCCGUGCGCGCGGUGACCGCUGGCUGGAUACCGACCCCAACACACCCGGUGGUCCGUAA